GGUUACCUCACCCGCAGUUUUUACCAACAGCAGAUACUAAACUUCCAUAGAUAAACCAAAUGUCACACUGUUCUCACUGUACACCACAAGGAAUUUGGAGCACAGGGAUCUCAUUCUUGAGGUCCUAUCCAAACGGUUUUAACCUAGUUUAGCUUCGCCGGUACUAUGAGUGGACGAUGUAAGGCAAAAACAACAGCGGACCUGUUUCCUGAAAUUACACGCCACUUUAAGGCUCGGUCAUGUCAUUUAGAAUGUUGCUGUAAAUCAAAUCAUUUUCUAAUUUCAAAUCUUGCGGCAUUAUUUCAUUAGCAUCUUCCCCAGAUACUCUAACUGGAUAUAACAGCGUGUUACGUGGCUUCUGAUCCUCCUUUAACGAAGCUCCAGGGCCGAAAUAACUAGGUGUCGGGAUAUUUUUACAGAUACUGUAUGCCACUGUAAUUAAGCAGUGAUUAUGCGUUUAUGUAAUGUAUCUCAGUAAUCCACUCUGUUGAAGUUUAUUACUGCAGUAAUAGCUGAUUUUAGACAUACGCCAAAUUUACAUGUGUGGGAAAGUGUAUAAAUGUUUGUGCAAGUGUCAACAUGACAUUUACCUAUCCCGCCACUUUCCAGGUUUCUAUCUUUUACCUUAGCUUUGCUCUGUAAGCGUAGUAAGCAUGUGGUUGUGGCAGGGGUUGUGUGUUAAUUUUUGUUUAGCAACUUAGGCGGGGGGACAGUUAUUUUGUAGCAGACUAAAGGGCUACCGUAAUGUUUCUUCCAAUUUAAGUUGUAGUGAUAGGCAGUUUAUUUUUGUCAUUUGUCUUAAUAUAACAGUAUAGCUACUUCAACGUCGAGUUAAAAGAAACCCGUAUUGCUGCGUAUUCGUGAUUAACCCGUGCAUAUACAUAUAAUGAAGGAGAAAAGCAACCCCUAAGAAACAAUUUAAUACUCACAUGCACAGGAUUCUUAAACCGUCAAUUGUUCAAAUUUCUAUCGAACAUGUCCGAUGCAGAACUACAGGAAGAGGAACGUGAAGUCCUGUCAUCGAUUUACGAUGGCGAUCCGGCCUUUCGUCAGCUCACAGCCACAACAUUUCAGUAUAAGUACGGUGAUGAUGGAGACCCGAAGACAUUUCUCUUAGAAAUAUCAUGGGGUGAAACAUAUCCGACCGAAAAGCCGAAGAUAAAUAUGGACACUUUUUAUAACAAGCACAUAUUACCAGAUGUGAAGGCACAUAUUGUAUCUGAAAUUGAUAGAGAGGCUGAACAAUAUUUAGGAGCAGCUAUGACGUAUACCUUGUUUGAAUUUGUUAAAGAGAGAGCACAAGAUCUGAUGUCAGCGCAACCAGAAAGCACUGUAACCAGCAUUUCUUCUGCUGUAGAGAACGUCUCUCUAGCUGACUCACAGGACAGUCCCGUAAUCAAGAAAGCAGUGAAAAAAGAGCAGCUUAGCAAGGCUCAAAAACGAAAACAGUGGGACAGAGUUGACGCAAAAGGCGACCGCCCACGUGGAUGGGACUGGGUAGAUGUUGUGAAACACUUAUCACAAAGUGGCCCUAAACAGCUUGAGACCCUAGCUCCCUCAACAGGCUCGUAGAAGCAGUAGAGGCUAGCAAUGCUUCCAGUCAUACACUGCAAUGAGACAGCUAGUGGCAAACAGGGUAUGCAACAUUGUGUUCCGAAAUAUUUGUUGAAUAAAAGUGUUAACAAUUUUUA